AUGAUCUGGCACAACUUGGACGCGUAUCAGGACACUAUCCUCGGCCUGACAGAACUCAAACGCCACGUCUAUAUUCUCGCUCUGGUAAUUGAGCAAAGAACCAAAUUUUUCCCUGGGAUGUCAUCUGAAAUGUUGGGAUCGUACGAGUCAAACAAGCAGGUCUAUGAAUCCGCAGCAUCCCACCUUUCUUUGCCUCCUCACAAGAUAGCGAUGGUUGCUGCGCACAAGUUCGACCUCCUCGCCGCCGCCAGCGUCAGUUUCAAGACGAUAUAUGUCCCAAGACCUGCUGAAGAUCCACGCGAGGUAAGGGAGAGUAUGCGUAGCAAGCAGGACGGUGGUGAAGUGGAUGUUGUCGUUAAAUAUUUUCAAGAGCUGGCGAGGCUUAUACGUGAAUCUCGACAAAGUUGA